AUGCUCCUCUCUCUUCUUGCCAAGCACAGAGGAGAGAUGUCGCAUUGCAGCGUACGAGUAUGCAAGCGUGCAAGUUUUGCAAGUUUGCAAGUAGAAGAGAGAGUUUCUGUAGGCGCAUGCACUUCCUGGGCUAGUAUCGGAUAG